CACACGUAGUACAGAGUAGUUGUCUGUAGUACAUCGCGUUCAAGUCUUCGUACUAGCUGGCAGGAGUGUUCAAACUAGCUGUUCCGCAGCAGAUCUUGGCUUUUAAAUCUCAUCACCCGCAAGCCCGCAAGUGCCCAGUCUACGCACAGCAGUUGCUCUCAUCUACUCCUACCACACAACACACACACUGAUCGAGGGACCGAGAGCGCUACAAUGGCGGACCUCGUGCUUGGGCUGGCCAAGACGACGGUGGAGGGGACGGUCACCAUGGCCAGGUUAGCCAUGGAGGAAGAGGACAAGCUGAAGAAGAGCGUGCAGCGCGACCUGUUGGUUAUCUCCGACGAGUUUGAGAUGAUGCACGCCUUCCUUGAGGAUGCCAAGGGCCGCGUCACUGACAACGUGACGAGGACCUUGGUGAGGCAGGUGCGCAACACCGCUCUAGAUGUCGAGGAUUGCAUCGAGACCAUUGUCCACCUGGACAACAAGCCGCACUGGUGGCGCCGCAUGAUGCCCCCGUGGUGCAUGCCGGCUGCGCCGCCCGGCAAGGAUCUGGACGCUGUCGUUGCCAGUGUAGAGCAGCUCAAGGCGAGGGUCGAUGCCAUGGCUCUCCGGAGGUUGCGCUACAACGGGGUUGAUGACUGUUGCCAUAAGCCUGCGGAGCACCAGCAUGCGGCUAUUGCGACAAGUGCAGCGACAGCUGCAGCGAAGCAGAGUGGUCAAGUGGAUCUUAUCACGUUGAUCAACGGGAAGGGAGGAGCUGAGAGGGGCCAAGCACGCCAAGGCAACGAUAAUGAUGAUGAAAAAGACGAAAAUAUAGGCAACAACAAUGAUGAUAAAAAAGAAGAUGAAGACGAAGACAAAGAUGAAGAUGAAGACCAAGAAAUUAAAGUAGUAGUGGGAAACAAAACGGAAGAAGGGGGAAUCGAGCCGAAGGGGAAGCAAGAAAUAAAAGGCCCUGUAUCACUCUUCCAGCGGCUGCGCUUAAAUGGCUGCAGGGCAGCCAUAAACGGCCCUAUAUCACUCUUCCACCGGCUGCUAGCUGCUGUUUUACAGCCGCAAGAAGUGCAGCCGAACACCCAACAAUCUGAACUCAAAGUCAUCUCAGUGUUGGGAACAGGAAGCGAUCUGGAUAUGAUGUUCAUCAAAAAGGCCUACGACUACUCAGCAACCUGCGACAACUUCAAAUGCCGAGCCUGGGUGAAACUGGUCCAUCCUCUCAAUCCCAUUGAGUUCAUACGGAGCUUGCUGGCUCAGUUCCAAAAAAAUGCUUGCCAAGAACAAGGCAACACUGGAAAAGUCCUAGAGGCCAUUGUUGUGCCAGAGGACGUACUCAUUGAGAUGUUCAUGACACAAAUAAGUCAAAAGUACCUAGUGGUCUUGGAGGACAUGUCCACCAUGGUUGACUGGGAGGCCGUUAAGGGCUACCUACCUGACAAUAAAGAUGGUAGCUGCAUCGUUGUGCACACGCGACACCAUGGAAUUGCAUUGUCGUGCGUCGGGCAUCAGUACCCAAUAUCGGAGGUGGAAAUGACAUUGGCUGAUCAUUCUGUCCGUGUCGUUUUCAAAAAGGGUGUGGCCGGAAAAGAUAGUGAUGAGGAUACCGGUAACGGCAAGGAAAGUAAAUAUGAAGAUUGGGAAAAGAAAAAUCCGCUUUAUGGCCGUGACGAGGAUUUGCGAUGGUUGUCUUUUAUCCAACUAUGGUUGUCUGGUAGUAUCCACGGGACGGGUUCACUUGUGUUCUCGUUGUGGGGGAUAUCUGGUGUUGGCAAAUCAUUUCUCAUCGAGCACUUUUACCGAAAGGUAAAGGAAAAAGUGGACUACAGGAAAAUUUUUAGGGUGGAUGUAUCCCGUCCAUUCGAUUUAAGGGACGUGCGGAAGAGCUUACCUCCGGAACUACUGAAACCGGGUCCCGAAGGCAGUAAUCCUGGUCCCGAAGGCAGUAAUCCUGGUCCCAAAGGCAGUAAAAACGUCCGCAACCUUAUUAUUAUCGACGGUUUGCAAUCCACAGAAGAGUGGGACAGGAUAAGACGUGUCUUCAAAUGUACUACUACUAGUAGUACUCCACAGAAUAGUAGUAAUGCCGGAGCCAACAUACCAGAAAACGUUUGCAUAAUAAUAAUUACCGAUGAAGAAAGUGUUGCCAAUUACUGUGCGACAGGAAAGAGUUUGGUGCGGAACGUCAAAAGUCUAGAAGCUGGCCACGCGAUUAAACUCUUCAACCAGGUAUCAAAGAAGUUUUAUUGGACAUGGGAUCGAGAGGAUGAGGAAACAAGGUAUCAAAGUGAGCAAACUAGGGACAUCUUACUAAAUAAAUGUGGUGGAUUUCCCAAGGUCAUAUGUGUUGUAGCUGAGUCAUGGAGGCUGUUUCGCAACAUUAAAGUAAAAGAUAACCUUGUGACAAAGUUGGAGGCCAGCCGACAACUUACCACAGCCAGUCUAGAAGGCAUGUUUUCGUGGUUGCGUGCCUACUUUGGUUCUUGUCCGGAUUCCCUGAAGCCAUGUAUUUUCUACCUAACAAUCUUCCCUGUGAACCACACAAUCCGUCGGAGGCGUUUGGUGAGGCGGUGGAUAGUGGAGGGAUACACCGGGGAUAGCAAACAAAUUACUGCAGAGGAGAGUGCUAAUGGGUUCUUUUCCAGGCUUGUCAAGCUCAGUAUGAUCCAACCGCCACGAGGACCGAGGUAUCUGCCGUCCUCCUCCACAAGAAUGCCAUUAUGCCAAGUCAAUGGAUUCCUCCGUGAAUACGUCAUUUCAAGGUCGAUGGAAGAGAACUUUGUGUUUGAACUGGAGGGAAAUUGCAAGAACUUGCAACGCGAUCCGGGGACGGACAACCAUUAUAUCAAAGGAGUGGACAUGGCAUGCGUAGUACAGCAUCUUGCCAUAGACAAGAGUUGGGAUCGAGAUAGAAAUGUAUUUGAGAGUAUUGACUUCUCACGGCUACGGUCCUUAACAGUUUUCGGUAGGUGGGAAUCAUUCCUCAUCUCUGACAAGAUGGGGCGGCUCCGGGUGUUGGAUCUGGAGGACGUGUCUUCAGGGUUAACAGAUGAUGACGUCGAGAGGAUGGUGAAGCUGCUGCCCCGCAUGAAGUUCCUGUCCUUGAGAGGAUGUGCUGAAAUCACUCAUCUGCCAAGUUCCUUGGGAGAUCUGAAGCUGCUCCAUACUCUGGAUAUCAGGGAAACAUCUGUGAGAAACCUACCAAAGAGCAUCAUCAAGCUAGAGAAACUGCAGUACAUUCGUGCUGGUAGGGCAGUAAUUUUGGAUAAUAACAAUACUGCCGGUACCUUUGGAAGUCUACCAGCGGUAGCAGUAGCAGCAGCAGCAGCUAACCCGUCAACGUCAGGAACGCCGAUGAGAAGGCCACGUGCAACUGUAGGGUCCUGCAUGUCAAUGUUCAGCAUACACCAUCGUCUUUAUGAUGGCUCUCAUAAUGGCAUCAAUAUGGUUAGAGGGAUUGGGAAACUUUCCAGCUUGCACACCCUGGGUGUUGUUAACAUCAGUGCUGCAGGCGGGGAGGACAUUGUGGAUGAACUCAAGAACCUUACCCUUCUGCACAAGCUUGGAGUGUGCGGCAUUAACCGAAAGAUCAGCGAGAAGUUUAUUUCAGCCAUCUCACGUCUCGCCCAUCUGGAAUCCUUAUCCCUUCAAUUCCAGCUCAACCAAGACCAUGAAGCUGCUAUUAGCUUGUCGCCUCUGGUGAAGCUACGGAGCCUUAAGUUGUACGGACUAGCUGACAGGUUGCCAACAUGGAUCAUGCUGAUGUGCUCUCAGUCUCAGUUGCCUACACUUGAGAAAUUGGAUUUACAGAUGAGAAAGUUGCCUCAACAGCAGCUAGAUUCUAUUCUUACUCUACCACGUCUAGGGAUUCUACGUCUUCGGUUGUCAGAGUUUGAAGAUGAAGAGAUCCGUUUUGGUUGGGGUAAUCGUCGGAGUUCAGAUGGUGCAUGGUAUUUCGACUUUGUCGAGAUAUCCUGCAACUCCAGGUUACAGGCUGUAAGGUUUGCCUCCUCAGUGGAUGUCGUGAUCCUGAAGAUUCAGUGCUCUAGUCUGUCUUCAUCACUACAGUUCUUUGGUCUAGGGGCCAUGAAAAAGCUGAAGGAAGUCUGGCUUAGCGGAUCCUAUGGCGACGCCUUAGAGAAACAUUUGAAGGAGGAGCUUGACAAGAACAGAAACGAUAUCAAACCCAUACUGCUGCUGGAAGGAAAAGGAACCACAUCGUCGACUUGAUGGGUUGAGCAGAUCCAGGUGGUGUUUACUGCCUUUAUCAUCCUAGCUAGCAUUCCUAGGCUUGUUUGCAGGGGGCCUGGAGGGCGCAGAGCAGCCUGUUUCCUUUUUUCCUCUAUUACUCUACUGCUCAGUCUUGUCGAUCAAGUAGGGCCAAAUCGGCAAAACAGAUUUUCGUUGUAUGUGUAACCGACAUAAUCUGUAUAACUUGCAGUGCGGCCUUGAAUUGAA